CAGUGCAUUUUUAGGUUAUGGGUCCAAGGAUUAAAAAAUGACAUUGGUCAAUUCUAGUCAUUUCCUAGAUUUCUAUAUUUGUGUGCAUAUGAAUGUCACAAUUAUCAUAUUGACAUUCAGUCAACACUGACAACUUUGACCCCUCUCUCCCCUUCAAGUCGAUGGAUUCGCUCCUCGCAGCCCCCGCAGUCACUUUGCAUCGUGGUGCACCAAAGGAGGAGAAUGUGGAGAUGUUCCCGCGCCAACUUGUCAAUAUUCCAACACCUUGAUAAUGCGCCGAAAUGUCGAUUGAACCUUGAAGUUACGAGUCUUGCGGGAAACAUCAGGAAUUCGUGCUAGAAUGGAUUCCAGCAGCAACAUCUCUGAAAUGGCACUAGAUAUGGAUGGAGAGGUGUAUGAACAUUUUGCGCUCAUCCGAGCAGGAAUUUUGGGUUUGGUUUUUGUGCUGGCAACGGCUGGUAAUCUUUUUUUCUUAGGCACACUUUGGAAGAAGCGAAAAAGAAACUCAAGGACCCAGCUUUUCCUCUUGCACCUGUGUUUGGCUGAUCUGGUGGUGGCUUUCUUCCAAGUCCUGCCGCAGUUUUCCAUUGAAAUUACGCACAGGUUCCGAGGCACAGACUUCCUGUGUCGGUUGGUAAAAUACUUGCAGGUGGUUGGGAUGUUUGCCUCCGCGUACAUGAUAGUGGCUAUGACUUUAGACCGGUACCAUGCGGUUUGCAAACCGAUGGUUUCCUUCUUGAACGGCUCAUUUAGGAGAUAUCUCUCCAUAGGCGCAGCGUGGCUGCUCUCGCUCGCCUUCAGCGCUCCUCAGUUCUUCAUCUUCUCUCUCCAAGAGGUGGGGGAGAACCAGUACGACUGCUGGGCGACAUUUAUUGAACCGUGGGGGAGCAGGGUUUACAUCAGCUGGAUCACCCUAUCAGUGUUUGCCAUACCUGCCGUCAUUUUACUCUAUUGUCAAAUAAGAAUAUGCACAACAAUCUACUUCAACAUGAAGAGAAAGGCGCUGCAGGCAGGGCGCGCAGACACGAAGGGGGUGUCCAACGCGAUGCUCAAGACUGUGAAGAUGACAUUUGUUAUUAUAAUGGCAUACACCGUGUGUUGGAGCCCAUUUUUUGUUGCACAGUUAUGGUCUGCAUGGAGUCCAAGCAGUGCGCCUAGUCAAGGUCCCGUGUUUGCUAUCAUCAUGCUGCUGGCCAGUCUCAACAGCUGCACCAACCCCUGGAUUUAUAUCUACUACAGCUAAAAUGGUUGACCUGCAUGUGCCAAAACUGUGAGACAUUUAAUAUCAAGAGCUGAUACACGCCUGACCUGAGUAUCUCAUCAGGAUAUCUGACAUCCAGAGAACUAAAAAUCCAUCAUGGAUCCUGUUUUUUUUUUUUUAAUCUGUAGUUUCUGCCAAUGCAUGCUUGUAGACUGGAUUUCUGUUGAUCUCUGUUUGCAUCUUACAGUAUUUUGUCAGUUGUCACGUUUCAUCAUGAAUAACAGAAAAACACAUAUUUCACGUUUUAGCAGAAUAGUUUGCAGUUGUGAACCAAGAUGACACACACAGUACUUACUGCAUAUUAAAAGUAUGCAAGCAUAAGUUUAGAACAGGAGUAACAAUGUUUGCACAUAAUACAAUACUAUCUUUCAUUCAGUGCCGGAGGACGCUGAGACGAAUAUUAACACAAUCUCAAAAACAAUCAAGGCAUUCUAUACAGACUGUACAGAUAAACGGAGCAUACACCAUCCAUAUUUAACUAUUUCAUGUACUGUAAUGUUUUCUUUGCUGGGUGUUGUGAACUGUACACACGAGCUAUUUGAAUCUCUCUGUUUUUUAAACUGCUUCCUGCAUGAUCACAAAUAAACACUGAAAAUACUGUUCCUGAUAUUCAAUACAAAAAUUAAAUGAUAACUUACUAUUUACGGCACUGAUGUCACCCUCUUUAGUUUACCUGCAGCUGACAGUUAAACCUGAAUCUGAUUCUGUAGCAUAGACGUAAAUCACCUGUUGGAAUUUUAACAUUGUCAUUAUCUAAACAGAUUAACACAAAGAGAUUUAGCUUUAAUUUUCAAUUUUGAAAAUGGACUUUUAUCAUGAGGCCUUUGCUUAUUUAAUCUUAUUGUCAGUCUGUUAUGUACUGAUGUUACUAUACUUAUUUUAUUAUAAAAAAUUUUAUCCUGAGUCCUAUUUUAUUGAUCAUCAGUUGUUCAUUUCCGUUUCUCCUUUCACAAUGAAAAAAGAUUAGUAAUAUUAUUCCACUAUACACUGAGAUCAAGGCCUGCACUUGCUUCUAUAGGAUUUGUUCCUUGCUCCUUUGUUGCCAGGAGAUCUCAGUGAGAUGGCGUUUUGUCUUCCCUCCGUGAUUAGGUGCAAUAGGAUUACAACAAUGUCAUUUCAUUACUAAUUUCAAUAAUCCAUUCUCUUAUUCACUGAUGGUGCGGCAGGGACCAGUAUCACUCUUGAGCAGGGAAAUGUGUCAUCUUGUAACACCCUGGAGUCAUUUGAAAUUGCACUUUCCACAUCCUUUCAUAUAUGCAAUCAGUCAUUUUGUAAUUAAUUCAAAAACCAAUUUAGCCUCUCCUCUGCCCCUCUCUUAUUCUCUCUGCUACACAGCUGGUUUGGAGAACGAAAGUACAUCAAAUCAAAUAGCAUUUACCAUGACAAGCAAGAACAAGCAGAAACUCCAUCAUGCCAACAUCAUGGAUGUAUACUGCCUUUUUAGUCCAAUUAUGUAAUGCACUUCUGAAUGCUUUGCUUGAUUAAAUCAAAAACCACAGCCCCCAGAGGCACACAUGCUUUAAGAAAAACAUUCAAAGAACACCUCACCCUACUUCAAAGUAAAUCCAUUGCUCAUUUUUCUGUAGAGUUGAACAUUUUGCAGAAGAUCGCGUAAAAUGACAGUGUGCUACUGGAAAUCAAGCACCGGGCUGAAAUAAACUGACGACUUAAUUAUAACAAAAAUACAGCACUUAAGCAGCAGGGCGCUAAGAGGACCUUUCUUGUAACUCAAAAGUAAAAGCGC